GGAACGUUCAUGUGCGGGAUCCUCUUCUCAGCAUGUCCUGCUACCGCAGAGGACGGCUCUGUGCAUGAUCAAUCCUUUGAUGAGCUGCAUGAGCAACUGCGGUUCGCAAAUGCUUGUCGCGGCCCCGAUGCACAAGACACGGUAGUAGUCUUGGAGGGUAGCUACCGCCUGUCAUUUACAGCCUCCGAGCUUCGUCUGAGAGGCGAGGCAUAUGUCUCCCAACCUCAUAAGGAUGACCAAGGGAAUUUACUGUGCUGGAAUGGCGAGAUCUUCGAAGGGACAGAAGUGGCCCCGUUGGAGAAUGAUGGUGCAAAGCUGUUUUCGCUCUUGCAAAACCUCCGGACCUCAGCAGAAAUCCGAGAUUGUCUUGGUAAUAUUGAGGGACCUUAUGCCUUCGUAUAUUACGAGCGAUCCACACAGACAUUAUACUUUGGGCGAGACCCCCUGGGCAGGCGGUCCCUACUGCUUCAUAGACCAACGCGCGCACAACCUUACUUCUUGUUGACUUCGGUAUCCGUAGGGGCGCACCCUGGCUAUACCUUAGAAGAGUUGUCGACCGAGCAUCUAUAUGCUGUCGAUAUCGCUGCCUUAGCUCCACUAGAGAUAUUCGCCCGCAUAGAGCCGAUAAACCGUUUGCUCCCAGACGACCCGCCCAAAGUUCAAGACCUUGACACGAUUCCACCUCAUCUUACUACUGCUGUCGAUGACUUGAUUAGCCAAUUGGAUCACAGCGUCAUGCUACGCGUCCGGGACAUACCAAGAAGAAGCAAACUCAGCUCACAGGCCCGAGUAGCCGUUCUGUUUAGCGGCGGUAUCGAUUCCACCAUGCUAGCAUUUCUUGCGAACCGGCAUGUUGACCCAGCAGAACCAAUCGACCUUUUGAAUGUCGCCUUUGAGAAUCCGCGUAAGAUAACCGUCAAGACAGAGGGAAACAUCGGUGGUCUUCCCAAGCGAGAACGAAAACGAAAGAUACGCGAAGGACUUGACUAUUCAACUAUGGAAGUCUCGUAUGAUGUACCCGAUCGCCUGACGGGCCUGCAAGAAGUGGAAGAACUGAGAAGAUUGUGUCCCGGUCGUACAUGGAACUUUGUCGAAGUCAACGUACCAUUCGAAGAGUCAAAAGGUGCACGCCCGAUUGUGGAAGCAAUCAUGUUUCCGAGCCGAACAGUCAUGGAUCUAAGCCUCGCUAUGGCACUCUACUUUGCUGCGAGGGGCGUCGGCCAAAUUCGCUCCGGACCGGAUGCCCAGCCAGUGGCACACACCAGCACUGCCCGAGUCUUGUUAAAUGGCUUAGGUUCUGAUGAACUGAUGGGCGGAUAUGGCCGGUUCCGAACAGCAUUCAAGCACGGCGGAUGGCAAGCGAUUGUCGACGAGCUCCAGCUUGAAUUGGACCGCAUACCAGUUAGAAACUUAGGACGCGACGACCGCGUAAUCUCCUCACAUGGGAGGGAGACACGACACCCAUUCUUGUCGCUAUCAGUUGUCUCCUUCCUUGCUCAAUUGCCAGUACAUCUCAAGGUAGACCCGAGGCUCGAAUCAGGCUUCGGAGAGAAGUUGUUGUUGAGGUUGGCUGCGAGGAAGAAAAAGCGGGCAAUGCAGUUUGGGAGUCAUUCUGCGCGGAUGGCACCAGGUGAAGGAGACAAGCAUGAACGCGAUGCUGUACAAAGUGGAAGAACGGGGGGUCUUGAGGUGUGA